UAAUAAUUAUGCUUCUCUUCUUACUGACACUCUGAAUACUUUUAUUGCUUCUGGACUAACAAGACAUGAUGGGGUGAAUCAUGUUAUUUGAAUGUGUUUUACGACACCAGAGACCAGUGAAAAUGUGAUAUUCAGGACUAACUGAUCCCACAGGGCUGUUAAUUCCAUUUUUCCGUGUCAAGGUAAGUAAAUAUGCCUUAGCUUGAUUAUUUUUGUUCACAGAACUAAAAUGUACAUUUUAUAAGUUGAGAGUUCAUAAGUGGAACUGCUUUUUUUAAAUAACAGCAUAGUUUAAACAAAACAGGGAAUUGUUAGAAAGAUAACUAUGGUAGCUAAUGAAACCCUAAGGAGACUUGAACUUUAGAAAAGUGAGGAACCAAGGAAGCUCUUAGAACUUGAACCAUUAAUUAUAUUCAGAGCAAAUGAUCUUCAAUAUUUGAGUUUCUUAGAAGUUACAAAUUAGCAGGAAAGCAUCUGAUUGGUAGGCUUGGCUCUACUGUUACCCCUGAAUCAAUCAGCUAUAACCAAGAAAUCAGGGCAGCACACUAUAAAAUUGCUGCUUCUAAAAGAUGUGAGAAUCAUUGUAAACUCAAAAGUUAAAGAUAUGCCAAGAGCUGCCUCCCACAAACUUGUUCAACAAACAUGAACCGAGCUCAUGUGUGGAUCCAGUACCCUUGCUGGCCACACGAGAUACCAGCAGGAACAAGACUGAGUCUCUGUCCCUCUAGUUCUUCUGAUUCUCACACAGUAAGUGCCAAACUCAGCAUAACAGGGCUGACAAAUAUGUAACCAAACAUAUAACUCUUGCCCUGCUCCAAUAUUAAGAAGGAGAGAUGCAAAGGGCUUGCUCUUUCCUUCUUAUCUUAUGUGUCUUAUAUUCUCCCCCAGGAUCAAGAGCAGGGAAUUUGUUGCAUAGAGGUAUUCAAAAAGGGUGCUAUCAAACAGAAUCAGAGAAGACACAACUUCUGGAAGCAGCAUCUGCUUUGGUUGCACUUCACUGCCCAUGGCCUAAGGCCAUGAGGAGGCCAAUAAAGGCCGACGCUCAAGAACACCAACCCAGACCCAAGGCUACCUCCCUGGCACCCAGCCAUGAAGCUCCUUUUUCCUGUCUUUGCCAGCCUCAUGCUACAAUACCAGGUGAACACAGAAUAUUUUGGCUUGAAAAGGUGUUUAAAGGGUUUGGGGAGAUGCAAGGACCAGUGCAAUGUGGAUGAAAAACAGGUGCAGGAAUGCAAGAAGAAAAAAUGUUGUAUUGGACUCAGAGUGCUUGAGUUGAUACAAAACUACAUGCAACAUGAAAUUCCCCACAUACUUAGCGAAGACACCCCAAAAAUGCUAAACACUACAAAGGAUUUAAGUGCCAUGAUACAAACAAAACAUAUUUUACCUGGGGCUCUCCCCCAGAUCAAAAACUCCAGCUCUUUUGCCAAUAUCAACUCCAUCAUCAUCCCAAUUGUCGUCUCUGAGAACUCUGCCACCACCAGCACCAGGACACCAGGACAUAACACAGACACUGCUACUUCUACCAAGAACGACACCAAGAAAAGCAAGGAUUCUGCUGUUUUCCCACCAGCAGCACCACCUCCCCCAUAA